CCACACACGGCGCCACAUUUUAUUUCGGAUGGAAACUAUGAAAACAGAUAAAAGACGAACGAGACCGAGUCGAAACGACACACGCCCUUUUAGACACCGCUGAGAGACCUGAAAGCAGACGACAAAGUGUUUUGAUCAGAAUUUUGGCACGUGCGCGCAUUGCAUGCCGGGUGUUUGAUCCAAAACGCAUGCGCCGGUGUGCAUUCCGCGGGGUCUGUUCACUGCUUUUCCGCUUCCGAUAUGUUUCCGCACAUUCCAAGUUAGACCACGUAGUCCCCAUCUAUCACGUCCUGUCCCGGCGGCACCGUGGCCUGUCAACCCCUGUCCCGGGACCACACGUGCACAGUCCGCCCGCCCGCGUCCCGUACAACACGUCACAUUCCAAACAUUCGGCGGGGAUGUGUGAAAAGCGGCUCCGGUUUGCAUCAUGUCGCUGGAAUGCAGCCCAGAUCCCUCCGCCGUAACCCGCCAUUUUGGAGCAGGUCGUGAGAUGGCGUUGUGAAAAGUUUCUGGGAAAUUUCGGAGGAACUUUGAGUGACUUGCACCGGAUUUUCUGGGAUUGUCGCGAAUUCCGAUCAUCAUGGAGGAUUUUGACGAGGACCUCGGGAGGGAGACGGACAAAAUUCUGGAGGAAAUGAACCUGUUUGAGGAGCCCCGCGGGUACGGGAUCGCUCGGCUUGCUAGCGACACGUCUGCGAGCGACUUGGCGUUCGAGCAAAAACGUGAAAUGUUUGAUCCCAGUCUGAAGAGGCAACGGAAGCGAGAUAGCCGCGACAGUCCCUCUCCUUCCUCUCCGUACAGUCCCGAGGGAAGGGGCAAACCGUAUGGCAGUUUCCCGGUACAAGUCGAGAGAGUGCUAGUCGUGGACCCGGACCAGGACUACCGCCAAGCCCCCCCUCCCGGCUCAGUCCCGUCGCCAGGAGCGGUGCCAAGUUACGCGUCGCUGAAAUCCAACUACUCUGAGGAGGGCCUGUCAGACGCCGGUCAGAGGAGAGGGGGCCACCCUCAACAACAACAGCCACACACACGUCAGUUUUCCCCUCACCAAGGGGGGAGGGCGAGCUACGAAUCCAGUCCGCGCUCUAGUGCCAGUUUCGACUCUCACCAUUCCAGCCCGAGAUCGAGUGUCAGCGGGCAGUCACCAGGUGUCAUGCCGCAACAGUCGACGAGAAAUUCUCUGCAAAAUCACUCCCAAAGUCCGAGAAAUGUCCAGCCGAACCAUUCACAACAACUUCUACAGGGGGACAGAAACUCUAUACCGAACCACUCGUCGGCUGUGCACGAUUCCCGGCUCUCCAGUCCCAGGUCUUCCUUGACGAGCUCUUCGCAGGACUCGCGACACUCAAGCCCGCGGUCCAGCUUCUCCAACCCGACCGUUGAGAAGUACCCUUCCCCUCGGUCCAGCCUGGUCAACCCACCCGCCGAGAGGUACCCCAGCCCUAGGACGAGCCUGUCGGGCUUCGAGCACCAUUCCAGUCCGCGCUCGAGCGGCGCUAGCUCCGACAGCCAGCACUCGAGCCCGCGCUCCAGUCUAGCCUACCCCUCCCCUUACCCGGGCUCAAAUUCCCGGGCGGGGCCCCCGACAGGGUAUGACCCAGGCCCUGUCUACAAGCAUACCGUCCCCGCCGGGUCAGGCCUGCUCAGCACGGGGCAGACCCUGGAACCCCCCUCCCCACGGACUUCAUCCGUCACCUACGAUAAACAAGGCAGGGGGUUCGCCACGGCCCCCCGUCCCGCCGUCUCCACUACAUCCACCGGCGGGUACGAUGUCAAGCAUGCGGGCCAAAAUAGCGGGGGGCCGGCUGGAUAUAGCUCGGCCAGGCCAUACGGCACGGACACCGUAGUGGCCACUUCCGGGCCCGGCCAGGUACAGUACUCCACCCCGUACGGGCAGCAACAGCGAGCCGUACCGGCCGGCAGUAGAGCCCAGACCGCCGCCAAGCCCAAGUUGCGGUACGAGGUGACGCCGCCGAGAGCAUCAGGGCCCACAUCCGCCGAGCUCAAACUGGAAGCGAUGACCAGAGAACUUGAGGGUGAACUUGACGAUCUUCCACAGGGAGAGUACUUUGGUGAGUGUCAUGCGUGUGGAAAGGCAGUGAACGGUGCAGGACAGGCGUGCCAGGCCAUGGGAAACCUCUACCAUACACAGUGUUUCGCCUGCUGCUCAUGUGGGAGAACGUUACGUGGUAAAGCUUUCUACAACGUCAAUGGGAAGGUGUACUGUGAAGAAGACUAUCUGUACUCUGGUUUCCAGCAAACAGCCGAGAAAUGUGUAGUAUGCGGGCACCUCAUCAUGGAAAUGAUAUUGCAGGCGAUGGGGAAGUCAUUUCACCCCGGCUGCUUCAGGUGUACAGUGUGUAACGAGUGUUUAGACGGCGUUCCCUUCACAAUCGAUGCAGACAACAGGAUAUACUGUGUCAAGGACUAUCACAAGAAGUUUGCGCCAAAGUGUGCGAGAUGUCGUCUCCCCAUUACUCCGGUAGAGGACGCAGAAGUGCCUCCCAACUUGAAGGAGAUAAUCGUCUCGGGUAAAGACGAGACGAUACGAGUGGUGUCCAUGGACAAAGAUUAUCAUAUAGAAUGCUACAGAUGUGAAGACUGUGCAUUACCAUUCAGUGAUGAAGAAGGCAGGAGAUGUUACCCCCUGGAAGGUCACCUGCUGUGCCACGACUGCCACCUGGUCAGGCUAGAGAGGAUGAAGAGAAGACCACAAGUCACCGAGUUAUGAAGGAGAACUGGAGAAAACAACCUGGCAGCUCAUAUAUCGUAGUAGGCGAGCCUUCCAACGGACAGGAGAGAGUCGUUGCGGAAGGAACACUAGAAGUGCCUUUACCUGUGCCUUGCCUGAAAUCCGGUGCCAUGUGGAAUGUUGUAAUUGUUAACAGGUACAAGUCAAUCAUGGGCCAUGGUCAAUUGAACAACAGAGGAUGAACAACAAUGAUGAAGGAAGGAUUUUUAACUCCUGAUGCAGGGUCGUGGAGAAUUGCCAAUAGGAGACACUGCAUGUAGCUCAGAACACUUGGCAUAGGCUGUGCCUGUACUCCGACAGUCAACACAGAAAUGGUUUGUCGCAGCACAGAAAUGGUCCGUCCAAAAAGUGUUGCCAGGUCUGACGUUGUCAUACAGGCAGAGACACUGGCGCUGUGGUUGUAGAUGGUAGAUAGGAAGAGCAGGUUGUUCAGGACAUUGUGGUACACAAACCUGUGUACCUGUCAUCUGGGGCGGACCUGGUGUUGGGCCAUUGACACAGAAGUUUGUCUUUGUCACCCAGGCAACACCAAGAAAUAAACCAGUCCCCCCACUUAAAGUAGUUGGUAAGAAAAGUUAAUGAAUGGCUAGUUUACAGCAAAAUGGGUAAAUUUAUAGUGUGUUUAAUUUGGGUACAGCUCUGCAUAAACUUGGGCCCACCCUGCAAGUGGAUCGGGAGGCCUGUUGUGGACCAAAUCUGCACAUCAUGUAAACGCUGCAUUUUUGCCAUGCCCGAACACUCAUGCCAUUGCUGUCGUCAGUAUUUGCAUAUAUAAAUAUACAUAUAUGAUGCUGGUCACUUAGGAUUUGGAUUGAUUAUAGGAAGUCUGAAAAAGCUUGUGCAAACCAAUCAAAUUGCUUGAUGCUUUGCACUGUUUUAUUGUUCUAGCCUCUAGGAUUGGUUAAAGCUGCAGGUGCUGCAAAAAAAAGUUGCAUUGUAAUCAAAACAGGGUAUGUCUUUUAAAGAAAGACAAGUUGCUUUGCUCCGAUUUAAGUACUAGGAGGUACAUUUAUACCCAUAUCCACGUUUAUAUACUCGUUUGCGCUUUAUUUCAUACAGUAGCUGUAUAGUUAGAUAUGCAUUCAAUGAAUUGUCUAGUGCUUUUCAUGUUUUAUAACUCCUGUAACUUGUUUGUCUUUUCUGUUAUGUGUUGCCAAGCUUUUUGUAAUUGCAGACGAGGAAAGCAGAGAAUUGCUGCUUUUAUGUGUACGUGUAGAGCUGUAUUAUUUUUACAGAGUAUAUUUUAUGCUGGUCUGUACCAUAGCAAAAUGUGUGUACCGAAAAAUUCUUUCAAUUCUCUGAAGAUGUCAUUUGUAUGUGAGGGAAGACAAAGUUCUCUACACUUUUAGUGUUAGCUGUAAACAUAAGAAGAAAGCUUGUGCAUUUUUGUACAAAACUACAAUAUGCUACUUUGUUCUGUUGAUAGCCCUGUACCCCCUGAUAAAUAUGUACUAGUCCAAAAUUAUGAAAAAGACACUCAUGAGUAUUAUAUUCUGCAUUUUAGUUAAGUUGUAUUGAUCCCUGACAUCCUACUAUUUUAGUUAGGUUCAAGAAGUAUGCAAAUUGUUGGACUGUACCACCCCAUAGGGGUGCUCAGGAUGAUAGGUAAAAAGUGCUGUCUGUACACAUGUGACAGCAAAUGCUGCAAUUGUUGCAUGUAUGAUAGGGCAAGCUAGAUAGGAAGAGAGAGGUCAGAAAAAGAAAUUAAACCAUGAGAAGAAA